AUGGAACCCAAUGCUCCCCCGGGCUCUCCAAGCAGUGAGACCCCUUCGACGGUUUCCUCCAACGACAAAGCAGAUGGAGUCCCGAAGCCGUCCCUGCCCUCCAAACCGGGACUAUCGUUCAUCCAGAAACUCUCCAGUACAUGGACAAGAAAGCGCACGUGGAUUCUAGUCUCCGGCCUACUGGGACUUGCGAUUAUUGUUGUUGUCAUUACCGUCCCCGUCGUGCUGUUGACAGGACGAAAAUCCGACGACCCCAGCUAUGCCGAUAUGGCCAACCGUCCUCUUCUCGUCGUCGACAACUUCCCUGAUCCGGGUCUUCUCCAUCUCAACGGGACCUGGUUCGCCCACGGCACCAAUGCAGCAGUCAACGACACGCACGUCCCGCACGUUCCCGUAGCCACUUCCACCAACUUCAAGAACUGGACGCACAUCAAAGAGUACGAUGCGCUGCCUACCAUCGGGGACUGGGAGACCAAGGUCGAUCAUUGGGCCCCGGACGUGAUUCAACGGGACGACGGGAGAUACGUGCUCUAUUACUCCGGCGAACUCAAAGACUGGCGACGCCAUCACUGCGUAGGAGUUGCCGUAUCGAAGGGCAACGAUCCUCGGGGGCCUUAUAAUCCCCAUCAUGAGCCUCUGGCCUGCCUGCGCGACCGGGGCGGCGCCAUUGACCCGUCCCCGUUUCGCGACGAGGACGGAAAGCUCUACGUUGUCUACAAGGCCGACGGAAACAGUAUCGGUCACGGCGGAGACUGCAACAACGGCAUCAAACCCUUAGUACCCGUCCCGAUCAUGCUGCAGGAGCUGAACGAUGACGGCGUCACGUCCGUCGGAGAUCCCGUCCAGAUCCUCACGAAUGAAAAGAGUGAUGGGCCGCUGGUGGAGGCUCCAAAUCUCAUCCGGACAGAUGAGGGGGUCUAUUAUCUCUUUUUCUCUUCCCAUUGUUUCACCUCGCCUCUGUACGACAUCAAAUAUGCCUACUCGAUGUCGCUGAAAGGACCGUAUACGAGGGCUUCCCGGGCGCUGCUGAAGAAGGGCGACUUUGACCUCGAGUCCCCGGGGGGUGCCACCGUAUCCUCGGAUGGGACAAGAAUGGUCUUUCAUGCCAACUGUGAGGGCAAUCGCCGAUGCAUGUAUGUCGCGGGACUCAACAUCACGGCAAACUCGCCUAUCAUCCUUGUGCGGUUGUGA